AUGGGCGUGGUGACGUGGCUGUUCGUGGGCGCGGUGGUGCUUCUGCUGUGGGUGUACUCCCGAUGGUGCCACAGCUACUGGUCCUCGCGGGGCAUCGUCUCCCCGCCCGCCCUCCCGAUCUUCGGCCACGCGCAGCAGUUCUUCGGCAGUCAGCGUUGGCUCUAUGUGGACAAGUUUUAUCGGAAGUACCGCGACCACAAGGUGUGGGGCCUGUACGAGUUCCUGACCCCGGUCCUCUUCGUGUCUGACCCUGACCUCCUCAAACACUUCAUGGUGAAAGAUUUCGACCACUUCGUGGACCGGCGAAGCUUCGGGGACCAGCCUGGCUCCAUCAUGAGCGCGAUGGUCACCAACAAAUACGGCGAAGAGUGGAAAGACUUGCGGGGACUCAUGUCCCCCACAUUCUCCUCGGGCAAGAUGCGUGGCAUGUUCCACUUGAUCUGCGAGAAGGCGGACUGCCUCGUGUCCUUCUGCCUCAAGAAGGGCGUCAACAACCGGCCCGUGGACAUGAAGGACAUGUUUGGCCGCUUCACCAUGGACACAAUUGCCUCGUGUGCUUUUGGCAUUGAAUGUAACUCCUUUUCUGACACGAAACCAAUAUUUUCUGAGAAAGCGAAAGCGUUCUUCACGUUUCAAGGUGUCAGAAUGCUGAGACUUGGUCUUAUGCUGAUGAAGCCAAAGUUGUUCAAUGCUCUUGGGCUCAAAGCGGACACACCUGAAGUAGAAUUUUUCGCCAAGAUAUGCAAGGAGAACACGGCGGUGCGGGAGAAGGGACAGAAGAAGCGUGGAGACUUCCUGGACCUGCUGCUGGAGGCGCGGGACGCUGAGGAGCGCCUCCACCCCGGCAAGAAAGUGUUCGCCGACAACACAGUGGUGGCCCAGAGCGUCCUCUUCCUGAUGGCUGGCUACGACACCACCGCCACCACCCUCGCCUUCGCCGGCAGAAUCAUGGCCAGGCACCCCGAGUACCAGCAGCGCCUCCGCCACGAGAUGCAGGAGCUUGUCAAGGAACACGGCUCCAUCACCUACCAGGGGGUCAUGGAGGCCAAGUUCCUGGACGCCUUCCUGAUGGAGACGCUGAGACUGUACCCGCCCGGGACAAUUGGGGAUCGGAAGUGCACCAAGGAGUACAAGGUUCCCGGCACAGAUCUGGUCCUUAAGCCCGGCGACAUGAUCAACUUCUCAAUCUGGAGCCUUCACCACGACCCGGAGUACUGGCCCGACCCCGAAGAAUUUAAGCCAGAGCGUUUCCUGCCAGAGAACCGAGACCAGAUCAAGAGCUUCACGCACAUGCCCUUUGGAAUGGGUCCCAGAAACUGCCUUGCGAUGAGAUUCGCCCUCAUGGAAGCCAAGGUGGCCCUGGCUCACCUCAUCUUGGCGGUGGACCUGAAGUUGGCACCCGGGAACGAAGAGAUGACGUUCGAAAACUCUCCUAUUUUACUCCGACCCAGUGGAGGCGUCACGAUGCUGCUGACGCCGCUCAAGGAGGACUGAGGACAGCUGUUACUGGACAACCACUUAGCAGGGCUGUCACUUGUCACACAGGAACAAGGGUCGUAUCCUCAUACUCUUUCGGUACUCAACAGCAGUUUCCGAAGGCCACAAAGGAGAUUAACCCGGUAGCUGCGGGGGUCAUGUUUCUUAGGUUAGGUUAGGUUAGAUGAAAAGCCCCGCUAAGCUAAAUAAUGAGAAAGAAUCAUCACUCACGCAAACCAUUUCAUAAUAAAUAUCAACGCAUAUGUGAUCAGUUUAUGCAUCAUCUAUUUUGGGAGGUUUAUAUCAUGGCAGAAUUUUGGCCCGUCGUUGCUACACGGUAAAGCCACAAAUUUGGCCCGUCGCUGCUACCGGGUUAAGAGGCUCUCAUGGGUGUUUCUCACGUUCAUCGCGCAGAAACUUUCUCAAACUAUCACUAUAUUCACAAAACUACCCAUGGAAGGACCCACAACAACCUCUAGGAAAGCCUUAUCAAAUGUGGGUCUGUAAUCCCCGAAAUGUCUGAGAAUAUGGAUCUCUUCUAAUUCCUCAGCUUUCAUUGCCAAUUCCGUUCUUCCUUACCACGUUUUUAGGACAGUCUGCUUAUUUAUCAAUUUGUUCGCAGUAUUACGUCCUGGAGUUGCAGUACAUAUUUUUUUGGUUUAUUAUUAUACUGAAAAGGCAAACACACUAAUCGAUUAGCGCAGACAAACUGUAUUGAUUCAUUGAUAUAUUGUGUUUUCAUUAUCUAACUUGGAUCAUUUUGCGAUGAAGAAUACCAAAUGGCAACCCUGCUUCACGGCAUAAGCAAAACCAGGCUGAUGGCUCGUUCAUGCCUAGUGUCUGCGCCGUUACUUCCAAAACCCCGCACAGUAGGAUAAUAACGAAAAAGGAAUCAACGAAGGAAUGCUUAAAUAUAGAUAGAUGGCUACAAAUAACUAAGUAUAUAUAGGAACAAAUAAUUACGAUGCAUAUAUAGACAAUGUAUAGGGUAAAAUACACAACUAAAAAGCAUUUAAUGCACACAAAGAAAAAAUAGAGUAAAUAAUAGUAAACGUAGAAAAGAUCAUUGGACAAAAAAAAAAAAAAAAAAAAAACCGCAUAUUCAGAUUCUUGCAAUACUUCGUUACCUCGUAUAACUUGUCUCGUUGGAGGAAGACGUUAACAAAGUAGACGACGCGAGAGGCAGCCAUUAAACUUAACUUGCUACACGUGGUAUUCAUCCACCCCUCUCUUCUCAACGCUGUACCGUUCUGCUCAUCCAUCACAGAAGGGAACGCAGAGCCGAGGGAUAACCAGAAGGAUUGAUUGAUUGAUUGAUAGUUUAUUGUUGCAAGUAAAACAACAAAGGAGAAGGGAGGAGGAACAAGCAAACUGCCUUAUCUAAACCUACGAGAAUUGGACAUUUGCAAGACGAUUGGUGCUGGAAGUUGUGACGAAACUGCUCAGUGGGGGAUUAUGAAAGCUGAUGAUACGUAGAUGGCAACACUGUUUGGAGUAAAGUCGCCAGAGAGAAAGACCGAUACGUACUACAAAAGCUGCUUGUUGCGUCGAGUUUCGUCCCCUUGUUGUAGUCCGUCCGCCUUGAUUACAUACAUACAGCUAGGGUUGCUGAAUUUUCCAGGAUAUCUCACUUAUCACAUUUACCGACAUACAAGGGGUGCAGGUUAUCUUAUUUAUCACAUUUACAGACAUUGUCCCACCCAAGUUUAUUUCUGAAUUGAAUUGAAAGAUUUAUUGUUUUUAUAAAAGGAAAUGAUGACGUUUGUUUUGAUUUUGAUAAAUGUUUGAAAUAUGAGUUUGUUCAUGCACCCUUUGUAUGUCAGUAAAUGUGAUAUGAGAUAACCUGCACCCCUUGUAUGUCGAUAAAUGUGAUAUAUGAGACAAUCUGCACCCCUUGUAUGUCGAUAAAUUAGAUAACCUGCACCCCUUGUAUGUCGGUAAAUGUGAUAAGUGAGACAUCCUGUGCCGUGCCGAAAUUCAUCCUUCCUGUGUGUAUGUAAACAAAGGUCGUGCAUGCGCAGAUCAGGAAUGGACGGACAAAAACAAGGGUACGAGACUCGACGGCCACUGCCCCUUCCUCUGCCAACCGAGACAGACCCCUGCUGCUAAAUUUCUCCUUGUUUACAUUAGUGUGACAACUUUCUGGGGUUUGUUUCUAUUUAGCUUUGUGAUGCCGCUAAACUUUAAGGAACAUUAGUGUUAUUAUUGCUAUGCUCUUGGGUUCUGUUACGCCUCGUUGCCAUGAUGCGAGACAGACCUUUCCUUUGGCUAACACUUGGCGAGUCUUGCGAGUGGAGGCGCUAUUGUAUCACCUGCUAAUACAAGAUAUACAGUA